UCCAUUCCCUUUAUACUCCGUGGCAGAAGCGCCGAAGUGGCCAAAGCGCCCUAAUGUCAGCGCUGUCAUAAUUCAUGGCGUCCCUUUUAAAGGACAUAGAACUGUAUUUAAUCGUAGUGAGUGCAACAGUAGUGAAAACAAGUAAUAUUCAGUUCUCACGGCAAAAAAGCAUUGUGUGCUAGCUCUCACCACUCUACAGUAAAUCGCUUGAACGUCUUACUAACCUCUAUCACCAGAUUUUCAAAACAAACCAAAAUGAUUAAAACGUAUUACGAGAGUGGCAUGGGUCUUUCCACAGAGAGACAAGCAGUUGUCUUUGACUUUGGUGAUUGCUAUACGAAGGUGGGGUUUGCUGGGGAAGCAGGACCCCGUUCUAUUGUUCCAAGUGAAGUGCGCUGCCCCAAAGAUGGUCGUACACGGAAAGUGUUUGAUGCUGUGAAAGCUGACGAACAAUAUAAUCUACUGGUGGAGUUCAUUCACAAUCUAUAUUUCAGACAUUUACUUGUGAGUCCUAAGGAUCGAAGAGUAGUGGUUGUUGAGUCAGUUUUGUGCCCUACAUCAAUACGAGAAAUGCUUGCUAAAGUGUUUUUUAUGCACUUUGAAAUUUCUUCUCUACUUUUUGUUCCCUCCCAUGUUGUUGCUCUGAGCACUCUUGGCGUGAAUACUGCUCUUGUAGUUGAUAUGGGGGCAACUGAAACAAUCGUAAUUCCUGUUUAUGAAGGAGUUGCUGUGCUGCAUGCUUGGCAAGCCCAACCACUUGCUGCAAAAGCUGUUGAGAGACAAAUAAGUGACAUGCUUCAGGAAAGGGAGAAGUCGAAUCAAUCUGAGGGCUAUGCCAAUUUAACUGAAAAAAUGAUUGAAGACAUCAAAGUUAGAGCUUGCUUUGUCACAACCCUAGGGAGAACUCAAAAGGCAAGAGAAGAUAAACCGUGCCCUUGCCCUCCAAGUGUUAAUUACCUAGUUGGCCCUGGCAGUAAUAUGUUAAAUAUUAGCGGUGAUAUUAGGGAAAACGCUUUCAAUAUUCUAUUUGAGCAGGAUGCUGAUCAGAUCAGUGUGUCAACGAUGAUGCUGGAUGCUAUUACUAAGUGUCCUAUUGAUAUGAGGAAACCAUUGGCUGAAAACAUACUCCUUAUUGGGGGCACCUCUAUGGCUGUAGGGAUGAAGGCAAGGAUAAAAGAAGAAUUGAGUUACUUAGCAGCAUCUGCUCAGUACUCUGAAAAAUUAAAACUAAGGACUUUUAAGUUUCACUCUCCCCCAGCCAAAGAAAAUUACACAGCAUGGCUAGGAGGGGCAAUAUACGGAGCCACAGACAUAGUGAGCACACGAUCCCUUUCCAAAGAAGCUUAUCUGAAGGACAAAAAAGUCCCUGACUGGGUCAGUUUAAUUUAUAAUACACUAAAUGAAGGAGUUAAAAGGUCUAUUUGAGCUUUUAAGUGAUGCUAUCUAACAUUUUAUGUGUUUUGUAAGGUUCUAAUAAAACCAGAAAAUUAAUUUGUUGAAAAUGUGGGUGUUUAAACCAUGCUGCAUUUCUUUUAAAAAUUAUCUGUCAUUGUGAUGUUAGGUAGUGUGAUUUCUAACAUGUUGUUUGGACCAUUGUAAAUACCUUGUACUGAAAAUUGCUAGUUUUCAUUUUUUGAACUUAUGCCUUAUUUUGUAUGCUUGUAUGUAUUUAAAAGAUACUUAAGAUUAUUAUAUUUAUUAUAAAUAACCGUU